CUUAUCCCAAGUGAGGGCACACGCACCUAGGUGGGAGCAAGGGUCUGCUGGCUGGAGAGCAGGGUGGUCACAUCCCCGUGAAAUGUGGCAGCUCCUGUCAAUUGCUUCUUCUCCUCGGACCCGGAAGGUGACAGGUGGUGGGCUCUCCUUAGGAGCUCAUCUGGACGCAGGAGUUUCUUGGUAAGGGCCUUGCGGGGUCCUGGGGUCCUAGUGAAAUCAGGAUUCUGGGCUUUCUCCAGCCUCUGCUCCCCUGCCUGUCUUUGUUCACUGCUCCCUACCCCGGUUACAUGCAGAAGAAAGUUUUACACCAAACGAGCCCCGCGUUGACGUAGGCAUUGCCUCCCUUCCCUGCUGGAGAGACGCCCAGAAGGGAGCAAGUGGGGGAGAUGCGGAGGUAGGGAUCGCUUAGAUUCCUGUGGUUAGUUGGGGGUCCCGGGAGGGACGGAUCCAAGGCCAGCCAAGAGUAUUGGUGCUAGAUCCACAAAUACACCAGGCUUCGCCCUCCUCCGUCAACCUUCUAAAUCCCAAUGAGAUCAUAGCGAUGAGAGAGAAUCAGAUCAAGAGAGAGGGGGAGAAAGAGGACGACGACGAGGGAGAAGAAAUCCAGACGGAAAGAGGCCAUCAGACAAGGUCACUUUUUCUGGCGACACAGCAACUGCCGGGAGCGUGGUGCUGAAUACCAUCCGCCCUCUCCACCUGGGGACCGAGACUCACAGAAGCACUUUACGUUACCACGAAAACAAAGGAGCAGAGGCGAGAGGGAGACACAGAGGGAAGCUCUGAGCCCUUGGACUUCGGGAAGCCAAGCUCAGCCCUGCAGGGAAGGGAAGGGCGUCUGCCAGGUCGGAGAGGCUGAGGAGGGGCUGCUUUCCCUGCGGAGACCGGGGACGAGGCAGAACUCUGGACAGCGCCUCGCGAGCGCCGCUCCAGCCCGGGGCUCCCAGGUCGCGCGCGCAGCUCCCUGAACGCCGAGCUCCUGAUUGCUCUCUGUGGACUCCCCAGCACCGAGCCCCGCAAGCCUCCUCUCCAGUCCUUGUCUGAACGUGCCAGGGGGUGGAACAGCUCUUUCGCCUCUGGUCGGGCCAGGGAAGAGGAUCUCUGGUUCUGGAAAUCCAGUCCUUGUGGAUAAAUGUUUUGCUGGUGAAGAAAGAAAAGUUUUGGGAUCUGGUAGGGGGUGUAAGGGGUGAGGAGGAUUGUGGAAGAAAGAAGGUGGAUGGUUGGUUUCCCUCUCUGAUCUGGAAGGAAUGAUGACCCAGGAAGGAUGUGCACCAGCGGCCAGAUUAUUGGGAGCCUCUUGGUGCUCUCUGUGCUGGAGAUAGGGCUGGGGGUGUCCAGCGUGGCCGUGGGGGCGGUCAGCUUCAGCCUGGCCCUCCGAGAGCACAAGCCUCAGCUCGGAGACUCGUCCCCGGUAUGGAGCGGGGUGUGUUUUCUCCUUUGUGGCAUAUGUGGAAUACUGUGCGCCAAAAAAAAAUCAGGACUUGUUAUGAUCCUCUUUUCAGCCUGUUGUAUCUGUGGACUCAUUGGGGGCAUCCUAAAUUUUCAGUUCCUUCGAGCAGUCACAAAGAAGACUUCUUUCUUGUAUCCUCUGCAUCUGGCCUCCAUGUCCCUGGCAUGCAUUGGGAUUGGGGGCUGCACCCUGUCCUCCUGGCUCACGUGUCGACUGGCCAGCUAUGAACAGAGAAGGAUGUUCUCCGAAAGGGAGCAUUCCCUGCAUCACUCUCACGAAAUGGCUGAGAAAAGAUUGAGGGCUAUUGAAAUAACCGACUUGCCAAGCUGCCCGGUGGUGCCCCCGACACCAGAGUUACCUACAAGGAAAUGACAGACAACAUGAGCAAUGGAGGACCACAACUGAUAUUUAAUGGAAGACUAUAACCGAUGUCUUAAAAAUUGAACAUUUUUAGUAGGUUCGCAAGGCAAGGAGAUAUCAAAGGACUAGGAGAUAAAACUAAAAUAGCUCUUGCAAUUUGCUUUAUUUCUCCUGAGCAGCCAUUAAAAUUAUUCUUCCUCAAUUUUGCUUCACUUAUUCUCCAGCCUUUUUUAUGGGAUAGAGAACUUUCCAGAAAUGUUCUAGCUUAGUAAUUUCAGCAGACUUUCCAGAUUCUUCUAAAGAAGACUUUUCGGGAAAAUGUAAUAAAACAAAAAUAGGAUUCAUAUUCUGUACAAACACUAUCUGACUGGUGUGAAUAAUAGAUUUGUAACUACACAUUUCAUAUGAGUAACUAGAAAGUACAAUUAUCAAGGAAUAACAAUAACAUAUUGAUGUCUUUGUUUUGAAAGACAGAUGGCUUCCAGAAUGCCACAAUUCAAAACCUCAGCAAUGCCUUGUUAUACAUUGUAAUUAUUUUCAAUUUGUGAUUAAACUAUAUUUCAUAAUUUAUUUGUAAAUUAUAAAAACAUAAAACAUAAAGGAGAGAUUUUUUGAGAGAUAUUUAUCUGUGUGAUAUUUUUGCAUUUUUUGCACAAGAGUGAAAAGUUGUAAGUAAAUACCAUAUAAGAAAAAUCUACAUUUUGAUCAUAGUGUGCAGAUUGACCUGCAUGUUUAUGAAUGAGCCUGAGAAUAAAGUAUGUGUGUAUCUAUAGUGUGAAUAUAGACAAUACAUACAGAAUAUAUUUACAGUAACAUGAAUGAAUAUACAGAGGUGGUACAAAAGAAAUUGUGACGCUCUAGGGGGAUUCUAAUAGAGAUGAGAAGGCAAUUGCUCAGGGCUUUUCUGUGCCCACAAAAUUACAUUUAAUUUCUACCAAAUUUGUCCAUUUUUCUUCUUAUUAUUAUAUCUAUUAUAUGUAACUAUUAUUGUUGCUGAUAUUUAUGGAGCUAAGUGAUCUGAAUAGUAUAGUAUAAAUAUAGAUUAUUCAGUUAUACAGUUGUUUUACUAUGAUUAUGGUAUUUAUGUAAUAACUGUUAUUAAGAUUGAUUUAUAAAUAUAACUUCAACUCACAUAUUUUCAUAUUUAUAAGCAAAGACAUUAUGGCUCACAAUUAUUCAUGAUAUUUAUAUUUCAAACACUUUGCAGGCCCGUUAAAUUAUACAGAAAGUCAGAUGAUGUAACUCCCAGAUGAAGUUACAAUUAGCUUUGCUACAGGUUUUUUUUCAAUUUAUUUGAAAUAAUACUCACAGACCAUGUUUGGGAAAGCAUAUAUCCAAAGAAUCUGAAAAAGUUCUCUGUAAAGGGAAAUAAAAAGAUAAGCUGACAUUCAUAUAGGUAGUUUUAAUCCUUAUUUUCCAUAAUGGAAUGUUAAAAUAACAACCAACCAUACCAGUAGGCAAGGAAAUAGCAUGGUCUUUGAAAAUAUUUAUGAAAAUAUAAUAUCUGACAACUGAGAAAAAUAUAAUAUUUUUAAAUAUUACUAUAUGUAUAUUUUUAUUAUUGCCCGAAGCUAAUUAAUUUUCAAGUCAUUUUAUGAGUUACCUACAAAACUAUAGGUAAAUUAAAAUCUUUAAUAUUCAGUACAAGAACAUGUACAAACAAGAUCUAGGUUUAAAUUGUGCUAACAACAACAUAAAAACCUAAAAUUUGAGCUAAUGACAAUCUGAAGGUUUUUGUUUUACAGCAAUAUGAACAUAAUUUAACCUACUUGAAUCAACUUUUAAAAUUCUGACUAUAUAUUCAACAGAAAUAACUGGACUACAGUUGUUUAGUGUAAUUUUUGAAGUUUCCCAACUCAUUUAGAUCACUUCAAUAUGCAGUAGAGUACAAAUUCCCAUAAUUGCAAUUUGAAAUAGUGAAGCAGUAUCAUUGCUCAUUUGGUGCCACAAGUGGGCAUGAUACUUCCCACUGAAAAUAUAAACUAUAAAAUGCAGAAAUUUCUGUGUAUGUGGUUCUACUGAAUUUGUGCAAGGAUAUAGUUUUGUACUGAAAAAAUAAACCAACUCUAAUUUUCAGUGACAUUUCUCUGUAGACAUUUGUACAAUACAAAAUUAUAAUACCUUAGUAAGAUAUUUUAUGCCUUUUGAACUAAUUUAUAAAAUCACACAUUAAAAGACAAAAGUAAGCAUAUCACUGCUUUGACAUAGACGUAAAAAGAGAUACAAUCAUUAUAAUUAUCCAAAUAGUCCACAGUGUAAUUUUAAACAAGUAUAGAUAUAUCUUUAAAUGUAAUUAUUUCAACCCAGGGUUUUCAGGGCUCAAUUUGGAGUAAUUUGUUUGGGAUGUGUAGUGAUUCUGGAGAUAAGUGGAUAUAGUUCAGAAGAUAUUGUUCUACUAAUGAAAAUUUAAUUUUGACAGCACAUUGACUGUGAACUAGGAUUUUUUAAGUGACCACGUCAUAGUUUUAGUAUAGACCUAUCCUUGGUAUUAAAUUAGGAAAAAAAAUGUGUGGAGCUGAUUGUGGAGCUGAAAAGAGAUGGAGUUAUUAUAAGCAUAAAAGGGUCAAAGUGGGAUCUCAUUAGAAAUUCUAAAAUAUAUAUGUGUAUAUGUGUGUGUGUGUGUGUGUGUAGAUAUACACACUCAUGAUGGUUUUGAAGUGGAAUGUGGUACGAUGACUCUACUGAUAUGUCUAUGUAAUAAAAUGGUGUGCUUUGA